AUGUCCCCCGUCACAGCUGGAGCUUGGCAUACCAUACCCUCAUCCUCUGACACGUCCGUCUGCUCACUGUCUACCAUACCCUCAUCCUCUGACACGUCCGUCUGCUCACUGUCUACCAUACCCUCAUCCUCUGACACGUCCGUCUGUUCACUGUCUACCAUACCCUCAUCCUCUGACACGUCCGUCUGCUCACUGUCUACCAUACCCUCAUCCUCUGACACGUCCGUCUGCUCACUGUCUACCAUACACUCAUCCUCUGACACAUUCCUCUGCUUACUGUCUACCAUACCCUCAUCCUCUGACACAUUCCUCUGCUCACUAUCUACCAUACCCUCAUCCUCUGACACAUUCCUCUGCUCACUGUCUACCAUACCCUCAUCCUCUGACACGUACCUGUCUACCAUACCCUCAUCCUCUGACACGUCCGUCUGCUCACUGUCUACCAUACCCUCAUCCUCUGACACGUUCCUCUGCUCACUGUCUAAUAUACCCUCAUCCUCUGACACGUCCGUCUGCUCGCUGUCUACCAUACUCUCAUCCUCUCACACGUCCGUCUGCUUACUUGAGCACGACAUGUCCCAUUUCCCGCAUGGUCAGUGGACACUGAGCGCGACAGAGGUUGCAGCUACGAGGCGUCUUGAGAGCUGGCAGGAAAAGCGCUAA